AUGGCUGGAGCGACGUGCUUAUCCCCCGUCAAUAGUGAUGACUGGAGCGUUGCCAGCGCUACUGGGUCUGUCCACUCUCGCGACGAGAGUACCGAUUGGAGCGUGGCCAGUGCCACUGAGUCUGUCCGCUCUCGCGCCGGGAGUGUUGAACCCACCGAGAACAUGGAACAUUCUGACCACAGCGAAGACUUUGAUGACAGCAGUGACUCCGACGGGAGUGAAGACUUAGAUGUGGACGGCCCCGCCGCUAUUAAUGCAGAAGAUGCCAGGUCCCGGUUGCUUGCAGCUUACAACGCCGAGCCUGCACAGGCGGGAGCCUACAAGUAUGUAGGAAUUGAUCUCUCAAUGGCCUGCUCUGAGUCCUCCAUCACUCCACCUUCACUAUCCAACAUGCCGUUCAGCCACCCACCCCCACAUGUUCUCUUCGCUGGGUACCACCCAACCCUCUAUUUCCACCCCAAGAAGUUCAUGCUCCGCACCUCUCUCGAACGCGCAGUUGAAGCCACCAACACCGUCCACCGCUGGGCCCAUGCUCGCCUUCACACACAGAUGUUGGUUCCACCCCCGCCCGUCGGCACGCCCAACCCCUUCGCCGACUACAAAUGUCCAUACGAUGCCGACACCGUUCGCGCACUCAACAACGCAGCUACCUACUACCGCCAAGCCCAGUACGGCGCUCCGGCGGUCACUCCCGAGGAGAUGGCAAAGGUCAUCCCUGAAUCAGUCUGGGACGGGAGCCCAAAGUAUUGGUUGGCCAGCGGUGGCAUGGUGGGAAGGCUUCUCCAUGGCUUGCUCUGGACCAACUACGAGGAAAGGGAGCAGCUCUACCAGAGGUAUCCUGAGUUCUGGGAGGUGGUCAGGUGUCCGGGAUGCGGAAUUCCGCGUGAGAUGGGAGUUUGGUGCUCUCAUGGAGACAUGGGAACCAGUGCCUGA